CCAUUGACUAGUUCAGCAAAACAUGGCCUGGUUAGCUAACCUCACUGCGGCGCAUGAAACACCUGCAUUUUUUUUGGGGUCUGCUUAGAUGCCUAUAUAAAGAUCUCCAUUCACCACAAUCAAAUACAAUUACCAUAAACUUAAUGCUCUUCAAAUUCUGAUCUUAUAUAAGCCCAGAGGGAAGCAAAAACGAAAUUCAAAUUUAAAAAAAAAAAAAAGAAAGAGAAGAAGCAAGCUCCAAAAACCAAUCAAUGCAGUUGAUUACCAGUCUGAUCAUCACUUGUCUUCUCUUUGGUUUUUGCUCUGCUCUCAAGGAAGGACAAACGUGCGUAUCGAAUGGCAAUUGUGACUCAGGGUUGCACUGCGAAACCUGUGUAGCAAAUGGAAAUGUACGGCCCAGAUGCACCCGAAUCCAACCUGUAAACCCUACUUCUAAGGUUAAGGGACUUCCAUAUAAUCGAUACUCGUGGUUGACGACCCAUAAUUCGUUUGCAAGGCUAGGAAAAAAGUCCGCAACUGGGUCUUUGAUUUUAGCUCCUACGAACCAGCAGGACUCCAUCACCGACCAACUCAAUAAUGGUGUUAGGGGUUUGAUGCUGGACAUGUAUGAUUUCCAGAACGACAUCUGGUUGUGUCACUCCUUUGGAGGACAAUGUUUCAACAAUACAGCCUUUCAACCUGCAAUUAAUGUUUUGAAAGAGAUUCAAGCAUUUCUUGAAGCAAACCCCUCAGAAAUUGUUACCAUUAUCAUUGAAGACUAUGUUACCUCACCAAGGGGCUUAAGCAAAGUAUUUGAUGCUGCUGGCCUGAGGAAGUUCUGGUUUCCGGUAUCUCGAAUGCCAAAAAAUGGUGGAAGCUGGCCAACAGUUGAUGAUAUGGUACAAAAGAAUCAGCGUAUGGUGGUUUUCACUUCAAAGUCAGCUAAGGAGGCCUCUGAAGGUAUAGCUUAUCAGUGGAGAUACAUGGUAGAAAACCAAUGUGAGUCCUGUUAUCAUCAUCUUCUAAACAGUUCAUUAAAAGAAGCAGAAAAAUUAUAUUUAUUUCAAAGCAGAAGUGACAUUGAUGCAAUUUUGGCAACAACAGAUGGCAAUGGUGGGAUGAUAGCUGGUUCAUGUCCAAACCGAGCAGAAUCACCUGCCAUGAAUGCAACAUCAAGGUCGCUCGUCUUAAUCAACUACUUCCCUGAUAUACCAGAUGUAACGCAAGCUUGCAGACACAAUUCAGCUCCACUAAUUAGCAUGAUGAAUACAUGUCAUGUAGCCGCCGGAAACCGAUGGCCUAACUUCAUUGCUGUUGAUUUUUAUAAGAGGAGUGAUGGUGGAGGUGCUCCAGAAGCUAUAGACGUGGCAAAUGGUCAUCUAGUUUGUGGAUGCGAAAACAUUGUCAUUUGCAGGGCAAAUAUGACAUUCGGAGUAUGUGACAUGCCUGAGGCAGAUAUUUCCCCUGCACCAGCAACAAAACCAGUAGCACAUGAUUCAAGCUUUGCUAAUUUGGAGAGUCGACCAGUUCCAUUGCAGUGGUUGUUUAUCAGUAUUUUGGUAGCAAUUCUCUUACAAUUGUAAACAGCAAUGUAAUACUUCCACUUGUACAAAAAAUAAAGCCAACGCAUGACCCAGAUAGUGUAGUCAAACUUUGAACAGAAUGUACCAUUUGUUCCAACUUGUUGGAGAGAAUCUAGAGAUGGUGGAGAGACACUUAAGAUGGAAUGAAAUUUUAUUUUACUUUUGGUUCGCUCA